AGAAGAUAGCGCCAUCUUAGAAUUGAGAAAAGAAAAUGGCUAUAGAUAUACCUUUCUCUGAACAAACAAUAUUUCUGUCGGUAAUAGUUUUCCUAUGGAUUGUAUAUUUAUGGGAAAGUUACUUGUCUCACCGUCAGAUGAAACUCUUCAAGAGCACCGAAAAAGUGCCUCGCGAAGUGGAGCAAAUUAUGGAUCAAACUACUUUUUCCAAAGCUAGAUUGUAUCAAAUUGACAAAGCUACAUUUGGAUUUUAUCACGGCUUGUUUAGCCAAAUAGAGAAUAGUGUUAUUUUAUGGUAUGGAGGUUUACCUUUCGUAUGGUAUUACUCAGGAAAACUACUUGCUGGUUAUGGCUUUGAUUCCACUCACGAAAUCAAACAGUCUAUGAUAUUUAUUUUGUUCUGUUCGAUUUUCAAUAUGAUAAUCAAUAUCCCGUGGGAUUUAUAUAGAACAUUUGUAAUCGAGGAAAGACAUAAUUUCAACAAACAGACUCUCGGGUUUUACGCUAAAGACCAAAUAAAAAAGUUUGCUCUAACAAUUGUAAUAAUACUUCCUAUUACAGCAGCCUUAGUUUGGAUAAUUAAAGCUGGAGGCGAUUACUUCUUUAUAUACGCUUGGGUUUUCGUUUUUGUCAUUUCUUUGUUAUUGGUGACUAUUUAUGCUGAUUACAUCGCACCUCUGUUCGACAAAUUUACUGCCCUUCCCGAAGGGGAGCUAAGACAGAAGAUUGAAGACCUUGCAGCCAGCAUUAAUUUUCCGCUGUACAAAUUAUUUGUAGUCGAAGGCUCAAAAAGAUCUACUCACAGUAACGCUUAUUUUUAUGGAUUCUUUAAGAAUAAAAGAAUUGUUCUGUUUGAUACUCUUCUGAAAGACUAUGUAUCUAAAGAUGAAAGAGAAGAGAAGGAAAAAAAAAUUGACGAACCAGCUAAAGAAGAGACAGGAGAAACAGAUAACAAUAAAGACGAAGAAUCAACAACCAAAGAGAAAAAAAGCAUCGGAUGUGACAAUGAAGAAGUUUUAGCCGUUUUAGCACACGAACUAGGGCACUGGAAGCUAAGUCAUAACUUGAAGAAUCUUUUUAUAAGCCAGGCAAACGUUUUGCUAACGUUUAUCGUUUUUGCCACGCUACAUAACAACAAAAAAAUAUUCAUGUCAUUUGGAUUUAUGAAUGAAAUGCCAACCAUUAUUGGAUUGAUAAUAAUCUUACAGUUUAUCUUUUCACCUUACAAUGAGGUGUUUUCUUUUCUGAUGACCGCUCUAAGUAGGAGAUUCGAAUUUCAGGCAGACGCUUUUGCUAAGAGCGUGAAACAAGCGGCAUAUCUCAAAAGUGCUCUGAUCAAAUUGCAUAAAGAUAAUUUAGGUUUUCCUAUUGCUGAUAGUCUCUAUUCUGCUUUUUAUUUUUCACACCCUCCUCUGUUGGAGCGUUUGAAAGCAAUGGAUAAGCUUGAUUGAAACUGAAUACAAUUAUUUAUAAUUUUUUUUAAAGCUGAUAUAUUCGUACUUCUCCCGCCUUUGUUCUGUUUACACCUCCUAACAUGACAGCAAUACAUUCUUGAAUAAAUGUUACCCCAAUUGGUUGCAUAAACACAUCAACCGUAUCGACAUAUCGAACUAAAAACCGAAUAAAAUUGCCACGUUUAUCCAACAAUUGUACUCGCUUAUUACCCGUAUCAGCAACAGCAAUAAUAUUAUGACAAGAAUCGAUCGAUGUAGGAAAAUUGAAUUGUUCGGCUCGCUGUCCAUACCCUCCUGUAGCUGUUAGAUAUUCUAAUUGAUCAUCAUAGAAUUGUAUAGUAUGCUUAGGAGUAUUUGUAAUAGCUAUCUCAUCAGUUAUUAAUUUUGUUAAUCCUCCUAUAUAAUUGCAAUUUUCUAGCUGCUUCUCCGUCUUGACCUUGCCGGACUUACCAAUUACGUAGAGUCGACCCUCUGCAUCUCCGAUCAUUAUUUCAUGAUUUUGUAUAUGUUGAAUCGUUGUUACAUAAACAGAACUUGAUAAGUAAGUGGCCAUCAUGAAUUUACCACAGAAUGUAUAAGAGCAUAUAGCUGUGAAUUGGUUUUCGGCGACUGCAACAGUAAUUCGAUCAUUUGCAACACUAAUGCCAUGGCAGAAAUUCGAUCGAUGAAUAAUGGGAAAACUGUUCAGUAAGGCACCAUCUUUCCAAACAGUAACUCUACUUGUUUCUUUGUCCGAUAUUGUUAAACAAUUUCCGUUGCUCGCUAGAGAAAGUGGUUUUUGUAAAACUUCAACUCCCUCUCGGCCAAAAUUGAGUAUUGGACACUCAUUUUUCGAUUCCUUUACAAGUAUUGUUCUAGUACCGCAAACGCAACAUCUAAGAACCAAAUCUUAAAUAUGUAUAUACACUGUAUAUUAUAGAUAUAGGCCUAAAAAUUACCUAAGGAAGAAUCUUAAUUCCACAAUACUUCCCGCUAUAAAUUGAUCGAAACAAUCAUUGCAGAAAACAUGCUGGCAAGAUAAUUCAUUUAUAUUUUCACUACAAUUUUGGCAAACUGUACACUCUGUCAUGUUGAAUAAUAUUCGGAGUCUAGGUAACGA